CGCUUCGGGCCCGCUCGCCCUCAUAUUAGUCGUGAGGCAGCCGUUUGAGUAGUUGGAUGUGCGAGGAUCUCCUCCUUAGUCGGUCAACGAAUAGAUCGAGAACUGUUUCCCUUGCUCACGGUUUUUUCCCAAACAAAUUUGUCCGAGAACGAAUCGACCACCAAAAAACUUGAGAGUGAGUGCAAAGACGGCGUCCGACCCGACAACCCGAUCUAGGUUCCUGUGAUUUGUCCGAAACUUUGAAAUUGAUGGGAUUCGCCCUGACUUUUCGGGUUCGUGGUGACGAUGUUUGGGUGGCGAACUUGUGCCAGGACGAAUUGUGAUUCCAGCCCGAAGGAUUUCGGCAAACGAUGCAGGAAUUUGACGUAAUUCAGCCGCGAUGCCCAGAGAAAAGGAAUACUUAAAGCCUUUUGGACCACAGGCGCACGUGAUGGGCAGCCUGCCCUGGGAGGGCAGACGGGACUUGGUGUUCCCGCGCUGCCUCCUCGCCCCCCUUGCAACCCCCUUUUAUCGUUUCCUGGCCAGAUUCUCAGGCCGAAGACGAACGACGAUAUCCUACCACAAAAAGUAUCCGCCACCCUGGCCGUUUUUAGUCCUACAAUUAGUCUUAAUUUCAUCUUUAGUUAGUAUAGUAGAAUCGUGCUCGUCACGCAGUACCCCAAAGCCGCGCCCACCAGCGCCCACCCCCCGGCCCAAUAUCACAUUCCUCACGUAUCCGUGCCCCCCCGCCUACGCAGCCUGGUUUUGCCUCAAUGGGGCCACUUGUUUCACCGUCAAGAUCCAAGACAGCCUCCUUUACAACUGCAUGUGUGCGGAUGGAUAUCAAGGGUCCCGGUGCGAAUACAAAGACCUGGAUGGAUCAUAUAUGCCAUCUCAACGGCGCUUCAUGCUCGAGACCGCCUCCAUAGCGGGGGGUGCCACAAUUGCCGUCUUUUCCGCCGUCAUUCUAUGUUUGGCCGCCUAUUUGAGGUGGCGGCGACGCAAAAAGGGCGGCGCCGCCACUGAUGAAGUCGAUGGACUCCCGCGGAACCAUCAUCGACAGCCCAUCUUUGGAGUGCGGCCACAAGGUCAAAACUUGGUUCCAAUUCGUACCAGUACGCUAAACCCGUUCCGAGGCCAUCCAGGCAACAAUCACGCCGUGCCAGGGCCAGGGAGUACCACCGUGCCUCCGCUCGAGCCGAAUCUCCUGCCCGAUUCAGAUCGACCCUAUUCGGGAAAUGAGGGAACGCCGCACGAUCGAGGAGAUCAUCCGGCCACCCUGCUACGGGGCGAACCACCCUGGGGAGUGUAACGCGUGAACUGUGCUUAAAACAGUGAUAAUCGAACAAUAAACUGUAACAUAAAGCAAUGUACAAGCACUUUGUUAUACGCAGCAGCAGCAGCGGAAUCGGCUUCGCUCCCAUAUGUUGGAAAUGUAGAAAAAAAACAAUGGCAACGUGAAAUUAGGAAAAAUGUCCAACAGCAUUGUAAGUUUUAUUAUUUAAUUUAUUUAUAUUUCUUAUCCUUGUCUUUUUAUUAAAACAGUCUCUGGUUUAAGUUGAGCUCUUUCUUUACUGUGGCGAAAACGAAUUGUGCUAGUUCUCUAGGGUGGUACCUAGAGCGUCUCACACAGUCCUUUGACUUGGUGGUACCACCCUGGCCUUCAACCGGAGGGACAACAAUGUAUAGCAAGUCUGAUUAAUGUAAGGCUGAACUAAAUAGUAGGUUAUUCAAAUGUGUAAAUAUGUACCUAGAAGGGGGUAAUUUUUAAAUGGAAUCCGCAGCGGUGUGAUAUUUCUGUGCAGGUUUCCAGCUGGAAGCCCAGCAGACAGGCGGAAGACUUCGAUGGUCGCGGUCUUAAACGUUUACGUCUAAAUGUUUAAAACUGUGCCAUUUUGAUUCGCGCACGUUCUGCUAGGUUUGCAUGCGAGAAAUCGACGGCUCGAGACUAUUUUUUUACUCGGUGUAAAGAUGAUUUUUUGUUACAUUCCCGAAGAUUUCGAUUGGAAGAAUGAAGCCUCGCUACUACUUUGUUAUGAUUGUUAACUUGUUGUAUUUACCUUAUUUUCUCUCAAUAAUAAUUAUUGUGCAUGCCGAUUUUUCCCGGAAAAUCGACCGCAAACCAGUAAAUUAUUUUUAAAUGUUGUAUAAAUGUAGAUAAUGCCGUCAAUAUUCCAAUACAAGGGCCGGUCGAGGAAAUCCAGAACCAGGAAGGAAGGAACUACACACCAAAUUCGUGUCUUGUUCGCAAUCACUUACUGCAAAACUGGGCCUGAACAUUAAGCACUAAAAGAUGUAGAUAAGUUAUCUAGGAUGCUGUGUUUGAAAGCAUAAUGCUUUUAAACCCAGCAUGUCCUCACUUUUUUACUAUAGGAAGUGAUUGAAGGGUUGUGGUUUUCCUCGAUACCCCUUAGCAUUUCGAAAAACUUUGGCAAUAAUGAAGCGCAAGAGUGUAAUUUAAAAAUAGUUAGUUAAACAAUUACGUGUAAGCACCUGGUUCCUAAUAAAAGAAUUAUUUAGCAACUAAUUCCUCGAUAACGCUAAUUUAAGCAUGUACUCGUACACAACACACAUACACACAACGAAAUUUCUACCAAAAAUGGCAAAUAUUUUAUGUUUAGCUUGUAGAGGCCUUGUAGUAUUCUAACAUAAUGUGUUCACCUAUUUAUUUUUGUCCGAUUUAUCGCGCGUGGAAAUAUUUGUAUUUUUUGGUACUGCGUCUCUGAUUUUAUGUGUUCACUCGUUUCUCCACUGCAAAAAAAUCUCCAAGUCUCGAAUUUUAAAGAAACUGUACGCUCACAACACCUUAGAACGACGUAAACCAUGUUCAAGUAUUAAUAAUGUUAAUAUAUUCAUUUGUAUCGAUAGAUAUUUUUAUACCUAAGUUAUUUUAUGUCUUUGGCAGGUGUAGUUUUUAAUUCCAAGGCAGUAGGCACCAUUUUUAUUAUGUACUCUUAAAAGGGGAAAUGCGAUUUUGUGUAAAUACGUACUAGUGGUAUUGCGCAUUUCUCCUCUCAACAAAAAAAUGUUAGAAUACUUGUUUAUUAUUUUCACAGUAAUUUGUAAUGUUUAAAAUAAAAUCAUCAACUACAUGCCCGUUAUUGUUGCCGGUCACCAGAACAACACUCCCUUCAAAAAAAAAACCUGAUGAUAAAUACUUAUAUUUUAUUAAUAUUACUUUAAACCAAUUUAAAGACAUGGAAUAGUUUCUUUAAACAAACGGUAGAUGAACGUUAAAAAUAUACAAUAAUACCUAGGCACUGAUUUCAUGAGAAAUGUACAAUUCUUCGGCCCCUUUUUGCGGAGAAAAACCCCCCAACUUCAGUGAAAAAUUGGCCGAUCACAUUUUUGAUCGCCACGCUACAAGGCCGGUUCGAUAAAGCGGUUAUUAAUUGACUACUUGCGAACAUGGGCCCGUAGAGGAGCUGAAUACAAAAAAAGCCGGUUACCAAAACACGUUGGUCAUCCAAUAGCUUUACUUUGUACUAAAUUACAUAAGGGCGAAAAUUAUACACAAAAAAACUUAAGUCGCUCACACAGGGUGAAGAAAUACAUACCAGCUUAAACCACCGACAAACAAAAAUUAAAAGUGGCACGCUUCUAUUGAAUUGAUUGAUCACCCUGUAUAUGUUUGAAAAGUCCUUAGAUUCGAUGGAUACACUGUUUGAUACAAUUGGCCGCGCAAGGGAUUAUUCCGUAUAUCACAACAUACGCACCUGAUUUUUAUCGACAAUCUACUAAACGUCCUCUUUGUGACGAUAAAAAUAAACACAGGUAUUACCUAAAGGAAAUACAGGAUUCGGAUUCAACCUUAUACAUAUAUAUUUAUAAUAAAAUAUUGCUAAACGAAUGAUCAUAACCAAGGGCCUAGAAGUGCUUGGCUUUUCAAGCACCCUCGGCCCUUCAUAAUAAACUACAACAGCAAACAGCAAAGGAUUGUUGAACAGCUUGGGCUAAAGGCAAGAGAACGGUUUUGUUUGGUAACUGUUAUCUUAGAAAGAUUAUUUAGUGUCUCUAAUCGAGGAAGAAAUUCGAUUAAACUACCCUUUUCCUUGCCCUACGCCCGUGGCUGCAGGAAUUACAGAACGGGAAUAAUCACAGAUCGUCUUUGCAAGUAUUGGAGGCACGUGGUUGAAAUGCUACUCAAAUGAGUCAAAGAAGAGGAAAAACUGAAAAUGUUUAGCUGAAUUUUCCAAUAAAAUUAAUGAAGCGUGAGAACUCCAACUGCUGACAAACUUAACUCGAAAUCAACACAACCAUUGGUAAAAGUAACCGGACUGAAUUUACUACUAGAUUAGUAACCAACUA